GCUUCUCGCUCUUGGAGUCCGGCGGAUCAGAGAUCAGCAACUGUGGGCACCUCGUCGCUGAUAUUACGUAGAAUCCGGCCACCCACUAGAGAUAUUUGUUUUUUAGUAGCUGCUCCACAUCUUCCUCCCUCCAUCUAUGGCGAUGUCAACUCAUUUAAGUAAAAUCAGCCAUAAUGCCGCGAUAAUCUUGUUGUUAACAACUGGAUUAGUGGUCGUCUUAGCCGGGACUGAAAUAUCCGGCAAACCAAAUAUCAUUAUCAUUAUGGCCGAUGAUCUGGGCUUCGAUGAUGUUAGUUUUCGGGGAUCUAAUAACUUCCUAACACCCAACAUCGAUGCCCUGGCUUAUAGCGGAGUGAUCCUGAAUAAUCUCUAUACCGCUCCGAUGUGCACUCCCAGUCGGGCAGCUCUUUUGACUGGAAAAUAUCCCAUUAAUACUGGCAUGCAGCAUUAUGUGAUUGUGAAUGAUCAGCCCUGGGGUCUCCCGUUGAAUGAAACGACAAUGGCGGAUAUUUUCCGGGGAAAUGGUUACCGCACAAGUCUCAUUGGAAAAUGGCACCUGGGGAUGUCGCAGCGUAACUAUACGCCCACACUACGGGGCUUCGAUUAUCACCUGGGCUACCUGGGCGCCUAUGUGGACUAUUACAAUCAGAGCUAUGAGCAAGUGAGCAAAGGUUAUCGGGGACAUGAUUUCCGGGAGAAUCUGAAACCCAAUCACGAGCAUGUGGAUAAAUAUGUCACCGAUAUACUCACCGAUGCUGCCGUCCGGGAGAUCGACGAUCAUGCAGCCAAAAACAAUAGUAAGCCACUCUUCCUGCUACUGAAUCACCUGGCUCCUCAUGCCGCCAAUGAUGCGGAUCCCAUGCAGGCACCGGCCGACGAGCUAUCCGGAUUUGAAUAUAUCCGUGAUGAGACCCAUCGAUACUACGCGGCCAUGGUAUCCAGACUGGACAAGAGUGUGGGACAUGUUGUGGAUGCUCUGGCCCGGCAGGAUAUGCUCCAGAACAGCAUCUUGCUCUUCCUCUCCGACAAUGGUGGACCCACCUUGGGUGAGCAUGCAACCACCGCCUCCAACUAUCCUCUAAGGGGGCAAAAGAACUCCCCGUGGGAGGGCGGAAUACGUUCUUCGGCGGCCAUUUGGAGCACAGAGUUUGAGCGCCUGGGCAGCGUUUGGAAGCAACAAAUCUAUAUUGGGGACCUCCUGCCCACUCUGGCAGCUGCUGCGGGCAUCUCACCGGAUCCGGAUCUUCGGCUGGACGGACUGAACCUCUGGUCGGCCCUGAAGUAUGGCUACGAGUCGGUGGAGCGUGAGAUUGUGCAUGUAAUAGAUGAGGAAGCUCCGGAACCGCAUCUGGCCUACACCCGUGGCAAGUGGAAGGUGGUUAGUGGCACCACCAACAGCGGACGCUACGACGGCUGGCUGGGUGAAAGGGUGACCACUGAGGUGGAUCCACGAUCGCAGGAGUACGAGGCUCUGAUCCAGAACACCAGUGUGUGGUUGCAGUUGCAAAAAGUGAGCGGAGGAGAGCGCAACAUCAGCGGUCUGAGGCAGCAGGCCAGGAUCGAGUGUCCGGCUACUACGGAGGACGAACACACUCCCUGCCUACCCCUGGAGGCGCCCUGUCUCUUCGACAUUGAGGCAGAUCCCUGCGAGCAAAACAACCUGUACGAGGAGUACAAGAACACAACCGUCUUUCAGGAUCUGUGGCAGCGUGUCCAGCAGUUUACCGCUCAGGCGCAUCCCCCCAACAACAAGCCAGGAGAUCCUUCAUGUAAUCCUGCCUUUUAUCACAACGAGUGGACCUGGUGGCAGGAUGAGACUCCAUCCAAUUCAGCUUUCUCCUUGAAAAAUAGUAUAUUUUUGAUACUUCUCCUAAACAGUUGGUGGAUAUUCUAAAUUAAGAAAUUCCAUGUUUCUUAGUUUCUAAAGAUUAGGAUCUUUUGUAAAGUGCUAUUACACAUCUAGUAUUAUUUCAUAGGCAUAGUGCGGAACCCAAAAGUAUGCUCCAUUGAAAAAUAUAAUCGGAAUCAAGAUAAGAAGUAUCUCAACCUUGGCAAUAUAAUAUCUUUUUGUUCUGAA